CCUUAUUUUUUGGGAAAAACAGUACAUCAAAAAUCACAAGACAACUUAAAAAUUUUGCAUUUUCUUGCCGUUUCUUCCUUCUUCCGCUUCGUUUCGUUUAGUUCAGAUUAACUUUUUUUGGUUUUACUGUUCUCGAUUACAUACUCCUGUUUCAUAUUCCUUUUCUAAAAAAAGAAUUCAAAACAGAAUAGAAAAACACAAAAAGGAACAGAAAAAUCGUGUCCGUUACUUUUGCGAAAUUGUCGCAAAGGCGACAAGGAAAUUUGUCGUCCAAAGAAGUUCAUCAAUAAAACUUUUUUUGUAACAUAAAAAAAGACAAAUAACAAAGAUCUAAACCAAUUUUUUACAUUAAUACAAUUGUAAAAAAAAAACAAAAAGAAUUCAAAACUUGCAAAACUAAUUAGUUAUAUUUUGCAUUACAAACGCCAACCUUUAAUAUAAAAAAGGUGCUGAAAAUUGAAACAAUAGAAGUUCUCUAAAGGAUUACCGCAUUGCAUUACGAUUUGUGGCAAAAUUGCGCUACCUAUCGGCAAGAAGUGAAAUUCUACCAGCGUAGACUAAGAAAACAAAGGUAAAUUCUACACGCUAGUAACAGUUACAAGUCUUUGUGACCAUUAACGCAUUAGUCUACCAUCGUCGGUCUGGAAAGACAUAUAUGGUUUAAAAAUUAAGUUCGAUUCGCGCAAAAUAUUAAGCAGAGAAGACGCAGCAACAACAAAGGAAGCGGUCUUUGAAAGAUCCUCCUAUGUUCAUUCAAACGGGAGGGGGUGGGAAGGGAAUACGCCCAAAUCAACAGCAUCAGCAGCAACAACAUCACCACCAGUCGCAUCAUCAGUCGCACCACCAGACACAUCAUCCACACGCCCAACCACAGCAACAGCAAACGCAAGUGUCGUCCGUACACCACGGUCAUCCAGCGUCCCAGCAAACGCAUUCCCACCACCCUCACCAACAGCAUCAGCACUCCCAUCAACAGCAUCAACCACACCAGCAACAGGCACAGCAGCAGCAGCAGCAACAGCAGCAGCAACAACAGCAGCAACAGACUCAGCAUCAUCAUCCGCCACCCCUAGCAUAUUAUUCGUUUCAAUUAAGUCAAGCACAGCCUCCGCCCCCCGCCCAACAUCCACAAGCGCCCAAUAAUGCAGCAGUCACGGCAUCACAAAUGGCCCCUUCUCCCCCCACACAGGCCAAUACAGCUGGCGCUACGUCGACUGUGUCCGCAACUCAAUCGCACAGUCUGGUGGGGGGCGCUAGUGGAGGUAUGUCCGGCGGCGGGAAUAGCGCCAGCGCAACAAACAUCGCUAGACAACAUGCCGCAGCGGCAGCAGUGGCGGCAGCAGCUGCUGCGGCCAAUAGCGGCGCCAAUAUGCAGCACUAUACGACUGGAGCGGCGCUCAUGCAACCGCCGGCGACGAGCACGGCAUUCAUGACCACCACCUAUCUGCAGCAGUAUCAUCAGCAGUCGGCUGCAGUAAUAGCCGCAGCAGCAGCGGCUGCACAGUAUAACAACAAUGCCGCAGCAGCUGCAGCGGCCAAUAACCAAAGCGGAGCGGGCAGCACACAAACAGCCUCCACACUGUACCAACAACAGCAGCAACACCACGCAGCUCUUCAUCAUCCGCAGACAUCGUUACAUACACACUACUAUCACACAGGCGCUGGCGCCGCACCAACGCCUCCACCACAUUUACAUCCCCAUCAUCAUCCACAGCAGCAUCAAUUGCGCGGUGUUUUAACAGCGCCGCCGCACCAACGUCAGCCACAAACCACAUAUUUGGUGUCGGCAAAUGCGAUCUUUGCACUACCACCAGGCCCAUUGACAGCAGCGCCGCGUACGUCAUUGUUAGCCGCCGGUGCUCAUCAGCAGGCAGGUAGUACAGGUGGUGGAAUGCCGGUGACACCGCUGCUACAAUCGGGUGCGCGCGCUGCCGCUGGCGGUCCAACAGCCUAUAUAACAUCGCCGUUCUGCCAACCACCAAUGCCGAUGGGCGCACCUGGUCUAACACCACCCCAGCCAUUGCUAGCGACUCCCUCUGCUUUGGCACAGCAGGCACUACAAACGUAUGGGCAUUUAACUGGUGCGGGCGCAUCGAAUUCAUCAUCGACGACUUCUUUGACAACACCCGUUGGCGGCGGCGUCGGCGGUGCGAGUGGUGGUAGUACAGGCAACACUGGUGGCACUGAAACAGUCAAGCCGCGUAAACACGCUAUACCCAUAAUACAUCCGAUAACUCACGAGAACAUACUGGACCCUAAACCACAAAAGAAGAGUACUGCAGUGGAGGUAAAGCCUUCGGGCACAGAUAAUGCGGCAGAAACACAGGAGAACAUAGCAAGCGCCAAGGAGCCAACAGACAAAUCCAUCACAGUGUCCAUAACUAAGACACAAUCGUUCACAUCGACCGUAGCCGUGACCACGAAGGAACAACACAGCAGUGAGAAUGUAUCCGUCACUGCGGGCGCGGCAAACGUGGCAAUACAAAGUUCUUCGUCGAAGGAGAAAAUCGAUCAGCAAAUGCAGACGGAUGCGGUGCGGGAUCGUAGCACAUGCAGGCGUGUGAGCACAUACGAGGGGCAUACGACUGACUCCCCGCCACCUCUUUCCAUCGUCUCUGGUAAUGAAGACAAUGAGAAUUAUCUUUAUGAAAAUUUGCAGGCUACACAAGGCAGUGACCUAAAUGUGAAUGUACUUUGUAAUCGGAUGGGCGAGUAUUUGAAUGAGGAAGAGCAGCAGCUGAGCGUGGGAGACGAGCAAUCGGCAUUGCAUGCUACAACCAGCAUACACAGUGCGACCGGCGAUGACGGCGACGACAGCAAUUACGAUGAAGAAUCUACAUCCCUAAUGUUAGAUGUUGCUGAAAACGAGCAAGAAAAUUUCGAACUGGUAGGGCUAUAUGGUGUGGCGCAAGGUAUGCAACAACAUCCUUCUUCCGGCAGCGACGCGGACGACAAGUUCACACAAGAUCGACACGAAGAAUCUGAUAUCUCCGCUGUUACCUCAGUGACCACACUGAGUGGCGCCGAGGACGACAACAACAAAUCAAGUAUAAUUCAAUCGCUAGAUCAGCGGUCCACAGCUACUGAAACUGUUUUUCCGGCGCAGUCAGGGCAGCGCGCGAAGUCCGCACAGAUCCAAAACGCAGUGACAACAACCGCAACCGCCAGCACUGAUACUUUAUGCGCGGAAACAUUUACAGCAACAACCGCAGGUGGCCAGACUAGUGCACCUACAACAACGCAAACGUCUGCAGGCGCGACAAAGACACAAUUAAAGAGCAGUAAAUCGAAUACAUCAAUCAGUUUAGGUGCGACUCCGAUAGACAGUGGCGUUGCACCCACAACAAUGCAACAUAGCGGCAAAACAUCUACACAAAAAACUACUCCUAACACUUCGGGUGCCUCAUCAUCGGCCACAUCGACACCCACACAUCAUACAUACACACAGCCACAGCAAACACAGCGGCAGCAGUAUCAGCAACAACAACAACCACAACAACAGCAAAGAAAAUCUGGCGCUACUGCAGCGGCAAUUCCGAGUGUUGCCAGUGCAGUUGGCAGUACAAUGGCCGCAUCGGGAGGUGGUGGCGUUGUCAGUUGUGGUCUGCCAACCUCGCAAGGCGGUGUAGCUGCAAAUUCGAAAAAGGGUCGCAAAGCGUCAAAACGCGCUAAGGAAAGCCAGAAGAAGCUCAGUAAGCAUAGCGACGUUAAUAGCCAACGCUGCAAUGCUGCGACGCUAAGCAGCAGCAACAAUAAUAACAAUAGUAUUAGUAAUAAUAGUGGCAGCAUUAACAAUAACAACAAAAGUAUAUUAAACAAUGCCAAUAAUAAUCUUAAUAAUAAUUUAGCAACUAAAAAUAUGACAACUGUAACGGCAACAACAACCAACAUCCUGACUGAUAUCAAUAAUGCAAAUAGUUCUAGCGAUAGUGGUAAUUUAAUAGAAACAAUUACAACAGCGAAUUUAAGACAACAACAACAACACCAACAGCAACAACCACAUCAACAAGCACUGCAACAACGUAGCGGCAGUGUAACGAAAAGUGGGAGUUUGACACGCGGCAUGCCAACGAAAACGAAUACAAGAAGUGAUUCCCUGACGGACAUUCAUCAAACGAUCGAUCCCGUUUCACCUGUCUUGACACCACCACAACAACAACAACAGCAACAGCAACCAUCUAAACACUUAAAGACUCAGGAAAUUGUAGCUCAAUUCCUGCAGCCAUCAGAACAGCAAUUGCAAUUUCUCAACAGUUCUUCGUCUGCAUGUGAAGAUGAGGAGGAAAUGUGCGCACGCCUACAAAUGCAGCUGCAACAAGAUACAGCAGCAAACAACAUGCAGGAUAUUAAAUUUGGCGACUUUGCGGAAGGGAAAGAUUGCGACGGAACUACAUCGCCACCACCUAUGGGGGCACAACAACAACAAUUGGAACAAACUCGACAAGUCAAAUCCAGCUCACCUGAAAAGGAAGCGGCGAAUCCCAAUAAGACAGAUUCGUCGAAAGAUGCUGUGGAUUGCGUGCCAAUCGCCAGCACGAUAACGCUAACGAAAAACAGCAACGCGGGCAGUGCCCGUGCCGGUCAAAAAUCGGCUAAUGUGCAGAGCAGCGCCAUAGUGCCACCCAAACCGCGCAAAUACUCAUUGGAUGAGUUGAAGUCGCUUUCGAAGUCGAGCGAGGCACGCAAGCCGCCUAUGGUAUCUUGUCAACGUGGCGAUUGCAUUUCACAGCUGUUUGUAUCGCGACAGCAGCAUCAUCACCUAACACAUCAUGCCCACAACAUGUCCUCAUUAGCGUUACAUCAGCAUUUGCAACAACAACAAUACCAACACAUGAACUUCAAUGAAUCCAUGGAAUUGGUGAGCGGCAAGCGUGGACGCAGCGGUCAGGCGAAGAAGCAUCACGAGCAUCAGACUGGUGGUGGUGCUAUUAGUGGUGUGUUGAGCGUUGCGGCUACAGGUGUCGGCGGCUCGGUGGGUCCGGGUGGAAUGGGCAACGUGGGUGGCAUUAUGAGCGCACAGCAGCAGCGUAAAGUUGACUUUAUACGCGUGCAGUUGUCGCUGAAGGAAGAGAUCAAGCUGUCGGAGUGUGAAAAUGCUUGGCAACCGGAAACGUUGCGCAGCAAAUCCAAUAAUGUUUCGCCGUCGGGCGCUAACGAGGACAUCGACGCGAUGCUGAAGAAGGUGCGCGGCGUUCUAAACAAGCUGACGCCCGACAAUUUCGAUGUGCUACUCAAGUCGAUGACGAGCAUCACGAUGAACACACAGGAGAAAAUGCAACAAGUGAUGCUGCUAAUUUUUGAAAAAACCGUGAGCGAACCGAAUUUCGCCCCUACAUAUGCCAAAUUCUGCAAAGUGCUCUUUCAAGAAAUCAAGGCCGAGAGUAAGCAGCUUUUCUCAAGCUCGCUAAUCAACCGCAUCCAACAUGAGUUCGAGACAAAUGUGAACGAUGCAAAUGCAAAAAAAUUAAAGUUGCAACCCAUGGUCGAUAGGUUGGAGAGUUGCAUAGACUCGAAAGAACGCCUGGAACUGCAGGCUGAAUUGGAAGAUCAGGAAUAUCAGUUCCGACGUCGUGCUUGGGGCACAGUUCGCUUCAUUGGCGAAAUGUUCAAAUUGCAAUCGUUGACUAACGAUCGAGUGUUCAUGUGUAUCGAAUCUCUGCUGGAGCAUGGCUCCGAGGAAAAGCUGGAGUAUAUGUGUAAGCUGCUGACCACAGUGGGGCACCUUCUGGAAUCGCCAGAUCACACAAGCAAUGUACGAAUGGAUAAGAUCUUUCGCAGAAUACAGGAUAUCAUUCAUAAAUCGCGUAGCAAUAAACCAGCUGGCGGCCAUUUCAAGAUCAGCAGUCGUGUGCGUUUCAUGAUGCAGGAUGUUAUGGACUUACGCGCGCGCACCUGGGAUCAUCCACAGUCGCAACCACAACAACAGCAACAACAACAAAUGCUGAUGCAACAACAACAACAGCAGCAGCAAUCAACGCAACGUCGCUCAGCGAUGAGCUCGAAGCAGGACGACAAAAUGCAGUCAGGCAUGAGCUGCAACAUGUACGAGAAGAACAAUCGACUGGGCAACUACGGUGGUGGCGGCGGCGGCAAUUCGGGCAAUCAACGUCACUACUUUCAAAAAUCUCAAAAGUCACAGCAAUUUAUGCAACAACACGAACAAAAACUGAAUAUCGAUUUAAACAAGCUAAAAUUCACUAACGAUGAGGUAACCCAAAGCACAACCAAACUCGGCAGCUCCACGCUAUACCUUUGGCGCACACCAGGAAGGCAGACUGUCGCAAACACAACCGUGGGCGGUAAUCCGCCCGCAUCACUGUUGACUUUGAACUCCAGUGGCAUGAACGCAGCCAACAGCAGCGGCUUUAAGCGCCAGUCCUCUAUGCUAAGCUCAGCAACAACAACAGCAAUUCCGUCGGCACUGGCCAAUAAUCCUUUUCAAGUGCUCGAUAGACAGGAGAAAUCGAACGAGUCAUAUAUGGGUGCGUCAACAUCACCGCAAGAGCACAAAGACUCACAGUUCGCAUUGGACGAUAGCGAUUUGCCCAACCUGAGUAAGAAGGAAUGUCAAAAAUUGCUUAAUCAACUGAUCGAGGAAGUACUCGACGGCGGCAGCAGCCGCAGCAGCAGCAUGAGCAAUAGCUGGCAGCAUGAAACUGUUAACGAGUGGUGUAGUCUCAAUUUGCGUCAACAAAAGUCCUUGCUUAAGUACCUUUUUAACGACUACCUGCACUUGGCCACAGUGAAGCGUGCACAGCGAAAGGCUUGCGCCGCCAUAUUUGUGCAUUUGAUGCGCGCCAAAGUUUGUGAGCCGCAAAUGUUUGCACAAGUCUACACAGCACUGGCAGACGAACUGCCUGACCUGCAGGUUGACGUGCCCAAUCUUUGGACAUACAUUUUUGAGUUUAUUGGACCGCUCUUGCACGAGCAACUGUUGCAUUUCAACGACAUUUGGCUACCACAAUGGGCUGACGACAUACACUUUACGAAACGUUUUCUCCAAGCGCUCAUCACCUACUUCACCAGCGAAUUUGGCGCUACAUACACGCGUGAACUGUGGAAUAAAGAGUUCAAAUUAGAACAUGGCCAGCAAUUCAUGAACGAUGCCGCACAAUGGCGCGACUUUAUCAACUCUAAUGAAUUUCAGUACAUACACGAUCGCAAUUAUAAACCACCGCUCACUGUGCAUGCAACGUCGAGUCAUCCCGCUGCCAUAGCGGAGCAAAUGGCACGCAUUGAAUAUUUACUGAAUGCUGCAAAUGGCUGCGAUCUAGCCAUAGACUACAUAAAUACGAAUGUGCACAUAAACACGCAUUUCAUACGCAGCCUUACGAAAUUUCUCUGCUGUGAUUACGCAACUGUGAUGCCGACGACAAGCGCGUCCAGUGCGACGCAUUCAACGACGACGACUGAUAAAAGUAGUAGACAAUUAGACGCCGAACUAUUUCGCCAGAAAUGCAUACCGCUACUGAGGCUUAGCCUAGACGGCGUGGAGGCGCAUGAGUUGGCUUGUCUUGACGCUAUCGUUGACGCCAUGCAGCAAUUCCAUGACAUUCCAACCGCCAAUCAGCUCAUCUGUAGCGUAUUCGAUUUGAUCUACGAUAGUGAGGUGAUACCGAAAGAGUCCUUCGACAAGUGGUAUCGGGCGGAGCAAGCAAAUGUCUGUGUAAUUGAUAAUAAAGAAGCAAAAAGCUUUCUGGAGACCAGUAAUAGCGCGACGAGUCUAAUGAAGGCGUCAGCAAAGAAGUCGUUGGCGUUAGCGCCGAUGGCAUCCUCUAGCAAAGCUGGCAGUGGCAGUGGGCGUAUGAAUGAAGAGUUGCACGCUUACAUGGAAAAGCUGCUUUAGCGCCGUAGGCGCCAAGGCCGCACCGACAAAUAUAAGCAAAAACAACAGCAGUAGGGUAGCGGGUGUGGAGUUGGGGGCCAUUGUAAUGGCAGCGCGGCCAAGCAACAACGCACUUAUGCUGUGUUACAAUUUCAGUGAGAUGAAUAAAAGCGAGCAGAGGAGGAAGACGUAAAUGGAAUUACAUACAAAUAGUAAACUCAAUUAAAGAAUAUACACAAAACCUGCAUAGGAAACGUCGGAUUAACUGUUAUGCCCAUGUUUUGCCGCCGCCUGUUUAGCACCGCCCCACACGACCACCCACACAACAAUAAUUAAAAAAAAUGAGGAAUGAAAAAAAGAAUUAGUCUGUAUAUAUGAAAAAUGCAUAUUUUUAGCUGAGCGAACGAAAGGCACUAACAAAUCAAAGCUAAACAAAACAAAACUAAUAGGCAAACUACUAAUUAAAAAGAAAAAGAAAAAACAACAAAAAAACACAAACAUAACAAAAAGUCAGAAAACAAAAGCGAAACAAAUUCAAAACUAACUGCUACAUUAGAGUGUGUAUGUGUGUAUGCGUGUGUACAUAUUAGUAAGUAAUGUAAGGCAUUUAGCGAAGAACUUUUGAAAAAAGUUUAGUGGUGAACAACAGCCCACAAUAAUUUGGUCUCAAAAAUCGUCACGUAAAGAUUUUAAUAGUUUGCUAUUUUUUAUUGAAAAAUCUUGACAAAAUUACAUUUAAUGCGCCAACAUUUGUUUUUGGCUCUCUCUCUCUCUCUCUCUCUCUAUCUAUCUCUCCUAUUUAAUUUAAAGUGUUUUCCUAUUUUCGGAAUAUCAUACAAGUAUUAAAAAACAAAAACAAAAACAAAAAAUAAAUAAAAACAAAAAAUCGUUCAAACCUUAACGAUGCAAGAGAGAAAAAACUGACGCUAACACUUAUACAUAUAUUUUAUGUAGUACAAUUAGAAUAUAUGAUGUAAAUUUAAAAUUUUAGUUUUAAAUCUAAGCACCCACACCUGAAUCUCUAACAGGAAAAGAAAGUGAGAAAGAGGUAUGCAAAAUACCCUCUUUUGCUUUUCACAAGCAGUAAGGCCAAGAAAUGCGUACACAAAAACGCACACGGAAUGCGUCGUCAUUGCGCAGGUACGUCAAUGCUGCUGCCUACCUCGCGUGCGCGCUUAACCGCUACUCGUCAAGUGCUCGCAUUCUUGCGCGUAAUUUCUGUGUGCAACCGGUCCUAAUCAUUCCUAUUACUUAUUAUUGUUUUGUAUAUAAAUGCUUAAGCAAAGGUCGAAACAUCAAUCACAUUCACAUUCACAAUCCCACGCACAUAACUUAUUUAUCACACUCAUUGCCCUCCAUCACCUUGCCAUGCCUAUUAACCUUUCCAUGGGCCUCAACAGCCUACGUACAUUUAGCCAAGCCAUUCCAUUGCCUCUCUGCAGCUAAGCACACAUACAAACGCCGCUUUUUGUAUACUUCAUUUAAUGCAUUUUGGUCUCUUUGGUACCUUUACCCUUUGGGAAUAGUAGUACGAUUAAUAAAAUUUCACCAAAUACCUGUUUACGCCACAUGUAUAAAAUUGCACAUUGCAUUCGAGUAGUGCAGCAAAUUUCGUAGUAGUAUUAAGUAUUGUUUUUUGUUAAUUUUUUUUUAAGAAAAUUUUUGUGUUAAAAACUUACCAUCACAUUAACCACAUUAAACGGCUGUCUGAAUUCUUUUAUCGGUAUUAUAAUUAUUUCAUUUAUUCAAAAAAAAAAACAAUUUUUUUUAACCAAAUCACACACGCACACCACCUUUACUAUACACACAACAACAAAAUUGGCAAUAUUUCAUGUAAUUGUUGAAUGAAGAACAGAACUACAACUACACAGAAAGGUUAAAAAUCACAAAGCAUUAUUCAAAAAAUUAAUAUCUCACUAUCUCACUACAAGUGGAAGAAAUCCAUAAACCGCAAUUCACGAGAAGCAUACAGAAAUUCCAAAGAAUUGUUGUAACUUUUUUCUAACUGAAAAUGUUGUGAAACGUUCGAUGAUAAAAAAGAUUUAAAUAAAAUCAAAUUAACAAAAACAAAAAAAAACAAAAUUUAACUAAUUGAUACUAUAGAGGAAAUUCCAAUGUGAAGAGUAAAGUAUUUUAGAACAAAAAUAAAAGAAUAAAAAAUUCCAAAAAGAAAAGAAAGAAAACAAAAAUUAUUUAAAGCAGAAAAACAUGUACCCUGUGCGCUUUAAGCCGCCUUUAUUUAUUUUCUAUGUACAACAUAAGCAUAAACAUACUUAUUAAAAGUUAAAUUAUUCUAUAUUCUAUUCCUUUUUGUAUAAAGGUUUUCGUAGCAAUUAAUAGUAAAGCCUCCAUAUUCAAGAGUAAGGCUUUCCACUAAUUGUAGGACUCUACACGCGAUAAACGUCAGACAAGUAACAAAACAAAAAAAGGAAAACUUAAAUUUCGCAAUUUUUUUCGUAUAAUUUUUAAGUAGCUCUCAAUUUUAGAUACCAUUCGAUCGCAAUGAAAAGUAAAAUAAAAUGAAUGCAAUAAUGCUAAAUAUUGAUUACACACAGCCAGCCAGCAAAUGUGUGGAAUGAAAAAGAAAAAACUAUAUAACCAUCUUACUGAAAAAUCAUUAAAAAGAAUUCAGCUACAUUUUGAGGCUAACGAAGUUAUUUGAAAUAGUUGAAGCCCCUAAAAAUAUACAAUACAUGUUUGUAUGUAUGGGGCCAUCAUUGUAAAAUGAUCUACGGAAACGAGAUAUUCGCAAAAUAUAAAGAAGUUAAUUCAUAAAUUUGAAAGUGGCGUUUAUUUGAAGUCGAGGUAUACAAAUUAU